CGAGCCGCCGAGCGAGCGAGGGAGACGGGAGGAGCCGAAGCCGGCGCCAUCCGCCGCCAUCCGCCCCCGCCCCGCCGCCAUCCCGCCCCGGGGAGCCCCAGACCCCGGCCCCGGACCCCCGCGCACCCGGCCAGGCUCCAGCACGUUUCGGGGGAGGCGCCUGCAGGACCCAACGUACUCAAUGAGCUUCCAGCGCGAUGUCCGAUCGCUCGGGGCCGACUGCCAAGGGGAAGGAUGGAAAGAAGUAUUCCUCGCUCAACCUGUUUGAUACAUACAAGGGCAAGUCCUUAGAGAUCCAGAAACCCGCUGUUGCUCCUCGACAUGGCUUACAGAGUCUUGGGAAAGUUGCCAUCGCCCGGCGCAUGCCACCCCCAGCCAAUCUGCCGAGUCUGAAAGCCGAAAACAAAGGCAAUGACCCCAAUGUCUCGCUAGUGCCGAAAGACGGGACAGGAUGGGCAAGCAAACAGGAGCAGCCCGACCCCAAGAGUUCCGAUGCCUCAACUGCUCAGCAGCCGGAAUCGCAGCCACUGCCGGCUUCACAGACGCCUGCCUCCAGCCAACCGAAACGCCCCCCAGCAGCCCCCGAGAACGCCCCUUCGGUUCCAAGCGGGGUAAAGUCCUGGGCACAAGCCAGUGUCACCCAUGGAGCGCACGGGGAUGGUGGAAGGGCAUCAAACCUACUGUCACGAUUCUCUCGAGAGGAAUUUCCGACCCUGCAGGCGGCUGGCGACCAGGACAAGGCUGCCAAGGAAAGGGAGUCUGCCGAACAGUCGUCUGGGCCCGGACCAAGCCUCCGCCCCCAAAAUUCCACAACUUGGAGGGAUGGAGGUGGGCGGGGCCCUGAUGAGCUGGAGGGCCCGGACUCCAAACUCCAUCAUGGUCACGACCCCCGGGGGGGGCUCCAGCCCUCCGGCCCUCCCCAGUUCCCUUCCUACCGCGGGAUGAUGCCGCCCUUUAUGUACCCCCCAUAUCUCCCGUUCCCUCCUUAUGGACCACAGGGGCCUUACCGAUACCCUACUCCUGAUGGGCCCAGCCGAUUCCCCCGGCUGGCUGGCCCCCGGGGCUCAGGUCCCCCCAUGCGCCUGGCAGAGCCUGUGAGCCGACCCUCCAUCCUCAAGGAGGAUAACCUCAAGGAAUUUGACCAGCUGGAUCAGGAGAAUGAUGACGGUUGGGCGGGGGCCCAUGAGGAGGUAGACUACACAGAAAAGCUCAAGUUCAGCGAUGAGGAGGAUGGUCGUGAUUCUGAUGAAGAGGGAGCAGAGGGCCACAAGGAGUCUCGUCCUUCCAGUGAGGAUCGGCCCCCUGACACAGAAAACAAAAAGGGCUGUUCCUCUGGCAGUGAGCCACCUCCUCCCAAGACAGCCUGGACAGAGACCUCCCGGCCUCCUGAGGCAGAGCCUGGGCCUCCUGCCCCUAAACCUCCCCCACCCCCACCUCACAGAGGCCCCACCGGGAAUUGGGGACCCCCUGGAGACUAUCCAGAUCGUGGGGGCCCACCCUGUAAGCCACCAGCACCUGAAGAUGAGGAUGAAGCUUGGCGGCAGCGUCGAAAGCAGUCAUCAUCAGAGAUCUCUCUAGCAGUAGAGCGAGCACGAAGGCGACGAGAAGAGGAGGAAAGGCGGAUGCAGGAGGAGCGGCGGGCAGCCUGUGCAGAGAAGCUCAAGCGACUGGAUGAGAAGUUUGGGGCACCUGACAAACGACUCAAAGCAGAGCCUUCUGCCCCCCCUGCUGCCCCACCUACCCCAGCUCCACCCCCUGCCCCCUCCAAAGAACCCCCAGCACCUCCUGCACCACCUCCAGUGCUAGUUCCACCUGCUGAAAAGGAGCCUGAAGAGCCAGCUCUGGUCCCUGCCCCUGUCCAGCCUGCCCCUGCCCCUGUCUUGGCUCCAGUUCCCACCCUGGUGAGCGGGGGCAGCAAUAGCAGUACUAGCAGCAGCAGCUUUGAUGCUAGCCCAGUGGAGCCUCCACAACCACCAAAGGAAGGCCCUGAGCCACCAGAAGAGGUCCCCCCACCUACCACACCCCCAGCUCCCAAGGUGGAACCCAAAGUUGAUGGAGCUGGGCCAACACGACAGCCCCCUAACCAGGGACUAGGCUAUCCCAAAUACCAGAAGUCGCUGCCUCCCCGAUUCCAGCGUCAGCAGCAAGAGCAGCUUUUGAAGCAGCAACAGCAACAACAGUGGCAGCAACACCAACAGGGUCCCACCCCUCCUGCUCCAGUGCCCCCAUCACCUCCACAGCCUGUGGCCAUGGGUGCUGUGCCACCCCCCCAGGCUCCACCCCCACCACCCAAGGCCCUAUACCCUGGCUCACUGGGCCGGCCACCACCAAUGCCCCCAAUGAACUUUGACCCUCGUUGGAUGAUGAUCCCACCCUACAUGGAUCCCAGACUGCUUCAGGGGAGACCCCCCCUGGAUUUUUAUCCUCCGGGUGUGCAUCCCUCUGGUCUAGUUCCUCGGGAGCGCUCAGAUAGUGGGGGCUCAGGUUCAGAGCCUUUUGAUCGGCACGCACCUCCCCUCCUAAGGGAACGUGGCACCCCACCGGUGGACCCAAAGCUAGCUUGGGCAGGAGAUGUCUUUGCCACUGCACCUGCUGACAACCGCCCACUCACCUCCCCACUUCGACAGGCCCCAGAAGAGGAUGAUAAAGGCAUACGGAGUGAGACCCCUCCAGCCCCUCCGCCACCACCCUACCUAGCAACUUAUCCAGGCUUUCCUGAGAAUGGAGCCCCUGGUCCCCCACUUUCCCGAUUUCCUCUGGAGGAAUCUGGCCCCCCAGGCCCUCGUCCGAUCCCCUGGCCUACUGGUAAUGAUGAAUCAGCCAAACUAUCGAUCCCACCCAAGAAGGAACCCCCUAAAGAAGAAUCCCAACAACUAGGGGGACCAGAAACUGGGCGUAAACCCCCCCGGAGUGGUGGGGGUGGGGGCCAAGGCCCACCACCACCACGUCGUGAGAGCCGAACAGAAACCAGAUGGGGUCCCCGCCCAGGUAGCAGCCGCCGUGGUGGACCACCUGAAGAACCAGGAGCACCCCCUCGACGUGCUGGGCCUAUCAAAAAACCCCCACCCCCUACAAAGGCAGAAGAACUGCCUCCCAAGCCUCUGGAGCCAAGUGAUGAAACCUCUAAGGUCUCAAAACCAGAUGCUCUGAAGGUCUCCAAAGGGAAAACAGGAGGCCCCAAGGAUACCCCUCCAGUUGGGACCCUGUCCCCUGCACCUCGACUUCGUCGGGAUUACUCCUACGAGCGUGUAGGGCCAACUUCCUGCCGAGGCAGGGGCCGUGGAGAGUACUUUGCCCGGGGUAGGGGUUUCAGGGGGACCUAUGGGGGAAGGGGCAGGGGUGCUCGAAGCCGAGAGUUCCGUAGCUACCGGGAAUUCCGAGGUGAUGAUGGGCGUAGCAGUGGAACUGGAGGACCAUCCCAUCCCCCUCCUCCCCGAGGUCGAACAGCCAGUGAAACAAGGAGUGAAGGUUCAGAGUACGAAGAGAUCCCUAAGCGGCGCCGGCAGCGGGGUUCGGAGACAGGCAGUGAGACACAUGAGAGUGACUUAGCCCCCUCCGACAAGGAAGCCCCUCCAGCCAAGGAGGGGGCACCACCUCAAGUACCUGUAGCUCCCCCACAACCAGGAGCUCCACCGUCACCAGCUCCAGCCCGAUUCCCUGCUACCCGGGGCGGUCGUGUUUUUACUCCUCGAGGUGUUCCAUCACGAAGGGGUCGAGGGGGUGGUCGACCUCCUCCCCCUGCUGGUCCAGGUUGGAGCCCUCCAGCCAAGUCCCUGGCUCCCAAGAAACCCCCACCUGGCCCACUGCCACCAGGCAAGGAAGCCUCAAAGGAGAAAUUGGUUCCAGGGCCUCUGCCACCCCAGGCUCGAGGUGCUGGUGGUGGCAUAGAAGAUGGGGAGCGUCCCCGGAGGAGGAGGCAUGGACGGGCACAACAACAGGACAAGCCACCUCGAUUUCGGAGACUCAAGCAAGAGAGGGAGAAUGCAGCAAGGGGGGCUGAGGGAAAGGCUCCACCUUUGCCCCUUACCACCACACCACCUGGCCCUGAGGAAGUACCAACAGCAGCAGUGGUACCCCCACCUCCACGAAGAGCAGCUGCCAAAUCACCAGACCUGUCAAACCAGAACUCAGACCAGGCCAACGAAGAGUGGGAGACAGCAUCAGAGAGCAGUGAUUUUGCCAGCGAACGUCGGGGAGACAAAGAGGCACCCCCACCUACCCUACUAGCCCCCAAGGUGGUGGGAACCCCUAGCAGUGGAGGUGGAGGGGUUGGGGCAAAUCCUGGGGUCUCCUCCAUGCCCCGAGGUGAGCUGAGCCAGAGAGCCAAAGACCUGAGCAAGCGGAGUUUCUCCAGUCAGCGACCUGGCAUGGAACGACAGAACCGGCGCCCAGGACCAGGGGGAAAGACAGGUGGUGGCGGAGGCAGCGGGGUCCCUGGGGGGAGGGCUGGCCCUGGGCGAGGGGACAAAAGGAGCUGGCCCUCACCCAAGAACCGAAGCCGACCCCCAGAGGAGCGUCCCCCGGGACUUCCCUUGCCUCCCCCACCCCCCAGCAGCUCUGCCGUCUUCCGCCUGGACAGAGUCAUCCACAGCGACCCAGCUGGUAUCCAGCAGGCUUUGGCCCAACUCAGCAGCCGACAGGGGGGUGCAGCUGCCCCAGGGGGCCCCCCGAGGCCCAAGCCAGGGGCCCCCCCAGCCCCUCAGGGCCCCUCUCCCCGGCCCCCAGCACGAUUCGAGCCCCCAAGGGCCAGCAGCAACGGUGUAGGUGGCACCGAGCCCCACUUUGCGGAGCCAGGGCCAUUGGUGAGGGGGGUGAGUGGGACCUCCCGGGACUCUACUGGGGUUAAUCCCUUCCCCCCCAAACGUCGUGAUCGGCCUCCUCGAAAGCCGGAGCUGCUACAGGAGGAGUCUUUGCCUCCUCCUCAUAGCCCUGGAUUCCUAGGUCCCAAGCCAGAGGGACCCAAUCCACGGGGAGAGCCCAGAGAUGCAGGCACAGAGGCCCUGGCUCCCCAUAUCUGGAAUCGUCUGCAUACUACCGCCAGCCGAAAGAGUUAUCGACCUGGCUCAGUGGAGCCCUGGAUGGAGCCCCUCAGCCCUUUUGAAGAUGUGGCUGGCACAGAGAUGAGCCAGUCUGACAGUGGGGUGGAUCUGAGUGGCGACUCUCAGGUUUCAUCAGGCCCCUGCAGCCAGCGAAGUUCCCCUGAUGGGGGACUAAAGGGGACAGGGGAGGGUGCACCCAAGCGGCCUGGAGGCCCCUCACCCCUGAGCACUGCCCCUGGUGAGGGUCCACCUGGCUCUGAACCCUCCGAUCCUCCAAGGAGACGUCCUCCUGCCUCCCGUGAUGGGGACAAGAAGGAGCCACCUCUGCCCCCUGGCCCCAUAGGCACAGAACGAUCCCAGCGAGCAGAUCGAGGACCGGAGCCUGGUCCCCUUCGGCCCUCUCACAGACCUGGUCCCCCUAUCCAAUUUGGAACCAGUGACAAGGACUCUGACCUCCGCCUGGUGGUGGGAGACAGCUUAAAGCCAGAGAAGGAGUUGCCACAAUCUGGGCCUGAGGUGCCUGCUCCAGUACCUCGAGACUGGGAAUUGCUCCCCUCUGGUCCCACUUCAGCUGAGCCAACAUCCAAAAAUCUGGGCCCCAGCCAUUGUGGCCCAGAUCCCAACCCCUCGGGUCCCCGCCUAUACCCUGAGGUCUUCUACAGCAGCCCAGGGCCUCCAGGCACCCAGGCACAUCCUCAUCACUGGUUGUGUGAUAUCUCAUGUAGGGGCGUAAAUGGCCCUGCCAAGAGCCUUCCCUGCUUCACUUUUUUCCCUCAGGUCCCAGGGGGAACAGUGGACUCUCAGCUGCACCCCACCAAUGGUGGAUUCCGCCCAGGGACCCCUUCGCUGCACCCCUAUAGGUCACAGCCCCUCUAUUUACCCCCUGGCCCAGCCCCUGCUUCAGCACUGCUUUCGGGAGUAGCCCUUAAAGGCCAGUUCCUGGAUUUCUCAGCAUUGCAGGCAGCAGAGCUGGGGAAGCUGCCAGCUGGGGGUGUCCUUUAUCCCCCACCUUCCUUCCUCUACCCACCGGCCUUCUGCCCCAGUCCCCUGCCUGACCCCCCUUUACUGCAGGUGCGUCAGGACCUGCCAUCCCCUUCAGAUUUCUACUCUGCUCCUCUGCAGCCUGGUGGCCAAAAUGGCUUCCUGCCCCCGGCUGCCCCCACCCAGCAGAUGCUGCUGCCAGUAGUGGAAUCCCAGCUACCAGUGGUGAACUUCAGCUCCCUGCCUCCAGCUCCACCUCCUGCCCCACCUCCACUUUCCCUGCUGCCUGUGGGCCCUGCCCUACAGCCCCCCAGUCUGGCUGUCCGGCCCCCACCUGCUCCGGCAGCCCGGGUGCUACCCUCACCCGCCCGGCCCUUCCCUCCCAGCUUGGGGAGAGCAGAGCUGCACCCAAUGGAACUAAAGCCGUUCCAGGAUUAUCGAAAACUGAGCAACCUCGGGGGACCUGGGGCUCGAACCCCCCCAGCUGGAAGGCCCUUCUCUGGUCUCAGCUCCCGACUCAAGGCCCCACCUACUGGAUACAGUGGUGUCGGUGUCUUCCGAACCCAGCGCUUCGACCUCUACCAGCAGAUUGUAUAUGGCAAUAUCGUUCACCAGAGGCAUCCAAAAUAAUGACGGUGAUCCGGCCCAUCCCAGCUUAUUUCCCCCUUGCUGACCUGAUCUAAUGGUCUCCACUUUGAGCCCACCCUCUUUUCCAAAUGAACCUCCUGCCCUAGACCAUUCCAUUUCAGUUCUAGAAAAGGGAAGGACUGUCCCUAAUGAAACUUUGCAAUAAAGAAUUUGCUAUUCUGUUUUGAGAGGGUGCACCUGCUGCCUGUAGCUCUCCUGAACCUCUGGUGCCUCCAGGUCAUGACUCAGGCUCUCCGAGCUAGUUAGAGGUCGGGCUCCAGCUGCCUUGGCUGCCCUGCUCACAGCCUCUGAGAGGAGCAGCUGAGGGCCCUCGCCCUGCAUCGUCUAAGGAGAGAAGAAUGGCUUUCAGCAUCUCACCAGCUCUCCACCCCAUCCCCCACCCCCCACCAAACUUAACAACUGAGUUUCCACACUAGCAGAGAAAAGGAAAUGUCAUGUGAAUACAUUUGGAGGGGGAGAAUGCCAAGCUAGCAGAUUGCCUGGCACCAAGUAGGUGCUCAAUAAAUGCUUAUUGAAUUAUAUUGA